GCUGGUGAACACAACCUUUGGGCGUUCGCACUCCUCGUUUUAACCCUAAGGAAACAUGUGAAAGACUCGCUCCGAGUCGUCUCCGAGGGAAACAUGAAAACAUACGGGAGAGAACAGUGAUACAGAUCGAAGAAUGGGCCACCUUUCUGGGGAUCUCUUGACCCAGGAGUAAAAAAGGUUCAUCACGUCACGACGUCUGCAGGGAAUGAAGGGCUUUUCACCUCCGUCGCACACUUGCAAACAUCCGUUCUGACAACCUUAUCAAAACUUGGUUGUGGGGAUUCGACAUGUUAUCCGCGUAGUGUGAUUUCCUUCGAUGUGCCUGGAACAUUUUUUUUGUGUUUUGCUGAGUUUGGACCCUCGCGCGUGUUUAGAGCAUGGUGGUCAUUGAAAAAAGCGCACAGUUCCUAUCGCUCGCAAAAGCAACACACACAAUACGCUGCAAUAUCAACAAUGUUUUCCGCGAUUAUGCCUUUGAGCUGUCAAGGGACUGACUACCGUGACGUUCCAGCUCGUCCCACUCAUGACAAUUUAACGCGCAGCUUGAAGGGUUCUUCUUUGGCUGGGAGCUUGGAACUCUAACAGGCAUGCAAGGGACUACUGCAACGUGAGAGGCUCGUUGAAAGGGGCGCUGACAGUUUAAAGGGAAUUUGUGCUUUGUCCGGAUGGAUCGAGGUCAACCAAGACCUUGGACAGGCCCGCUGCCUUGGUAUAAGUUAUCACUACGUUCCUCCUGCUCAACUUGCAAACCUGGGAUCGUUCACUUGUUUUAAUUCACGAUAUGCACUAGUGCUCUUCGAUCUGGCAUGCCUUUGGUUCAUAUGAAUGAAAUACAUAACCAUAUCCGCUUCUAGCCGACCGUCCUGACUUUCACCCUUGACGAUACUUACAUGAGCCACUUACCCAAUGCCAACAACUCGAAUACCUGCAGUUUUCAGUUGGUUCAGAGAAUCAUUUGCUCUAGCAUUACGGUAUGCUGCUGCCUGGAAGCCGCUGUGUCACUUGUAGGAAACAGAAGAAUACGAACUUCUCGACCAAUGCAACUGCACACCAUAGGCGCCCUUUCAUGGGCGGCCAAUGUGAUCCUCUACGCCGUCAGCUUCAGUUAUGAAGGCACUAUCCACACAGUCUUUGCUGAAUUGAGCCUGGUAUUCGAUGUCCUGGCCCGAAGUCUUCUGAUCUUCAAUAUUUAUACGAGAACAUGUUGCGUUAUGGUCACAAGUUGUUCACGGAUGAGAAAGGCGUAUGGUACUGGUGCAGUUCUCGUCAUCAGCUGGGUGAUCAUUUCGACCAUCGCCUUGUUUGUCUCGUAUCUUGCCCACCCUGGCUACUUUCAAACAGACCCAGCGAAUAUCAUGUACGUGGUCGGAAUUAUUAUCGACCUUGUUUUCUGCGUCUCCAGCGACUAUUUGUUCAUCCACGGGCUACGAAAGGCGAAGCAUGCCUUGGGACUAGGCUUGACAGACCGAAAAGACAUACUCGUUAUUCUCAACAUGGUCUGCAUCGGGUUAAUUCAAAUUGCCUCGGUCGUUCUCCUGUUUGUUGGCAUUGAUGAAGAAUACAUGUACCACUAUGUUUGCACGGCUUUACGGUAUCGGUUCUUUGUUUACAUUUUACGAUUUACGGACGACUACAUGGGCAAUCUCUCGGAGGGAGAAGGGACAGUCGGAACGUUGCGGAUGGAUCCAGAAGCGAUUGAUGUGGACAAGGAGACGACCACGCGCGAGAUUUCACCAGUUGCUUUUCGUAACGAGAGCAGUCAAACCGUAUGCAUCUAGCCAAAAGCCAACAGGAGGUCUAAUCGGAACAGUAGUAUACCCCUUUUAAGUUACUUGUACAAAGUUGUAGAAUGGUUUAAAGACAGUAAUUGAAGUCUGACAGUGUCCUGUAAACAAUAAAAGAAUAAACAC